AUACAGAAGUAGAGAAGCUGGAUGAGCAUGUCCGGCAGCUGUUUACCCCACCCACUAGCCUAAAAGUUGCAGGAAGGAGUGCCAGCCUGCGUAGGCUACAAAAGGGAGAAAAACACUGUUUGUCCACGCCUACAAAUUUGAGUAAAUUUGGUCUUUUAAAUGCCUCUCUAAUGACUGGCAUAAAGUGCUGAGUAGCAGACCGCAGUUGCAUGAGAAUAUAGCUCACCGGAGUUGGACACCAGAAGGCUUGAAGUUAGAAGGACACAAUGGACACAGAUCCCAGCAUCUCCACUGAUGAGCCCAGGGUGAAGAGAAGCUUUGACCAAAUGGUGUUCGUCAACAGAAAUCUGACAAUGGAAAACAUCAAGUGCUAUGGAUUUGACAUGGACUACACGAUUGCAAUGUAUAAGUCUCCUGACUACGAGAGUCUAGGCUUUGAGCUGAUAAGGGACAGAAUGGUGUCUGUUGGAUACCCUCAUGAGCUUCUACGCUACAGAUACGACCCCAGCUUCCCAACACGCGGUUUAGUGAUCGACACCACAUACGGGAACCUCCUGAAGGUGGAUUCAAAUGGGAAUAUUUUAGUCUGCAGUCAUGGCUUCUGCUUCCUUAAAGGAGAAAACAUUCACAACUACUACCCCAACAAGUUCAUUCAAAGAGACGACACCGAGCGUUUCUACAUCCUCAACACUCUCUUCAAUCUUUCAGAGACUUAUAUGUACACCUGCCUUGUGGACUUCUUCACCAGAUGCAACAGAUACACAAACCUCAUGAAAGGUUUCCAGCACGGCGACUUGUUGAUGUCCUACAGAAGCAUGUUCCAGGAUGUUCGAGACGCGAUGGACUUCAUUCACGAUACGGGAAUCCUGAAGGGACAUACUAUCAAGAAUUUGGAUAAAUAUGUUCUCAAAGAUCCAAAUGUCCCUGUUCUCUUGACCCGGCUUAAAGUGGCAGCCAAGGUCUUCCUCGCUACCAACAGUGACUACAGCUACACUGAGGCCAUUAUGAAAUACCUGCUUGACAAUAGUGCUAAGCUUGGAAGUCAGAAAAUGUCCUGGCGCUCCUUCUUCGACCUCAUCGUGGUGGACACCAAAAAGCCUCUGUUCUUUGCAGAGGGGACAGUGCUGAGACAAGUGGACACGGACACAGGGAAGCUUCGGAUUGGGACGUACACAGGAGACCUCCAACAUGGAACUGUUUACUCCGGAGGCUCUUCGGACAUCAUCUGUGAUCUGCUGGAGGUCAAAGGUAAAGACAUCCUCUACGUUGGCGACCACAUCUUUGGCGACAUCCUUAAAUCUAAGAAGCGUCAGGGCUGGAAGACUUUUCUGGUCGUACCGGAGCUCAACAAAGAGCUGCAAGUGUGGGACCAGAAGAAAAAUCAGUUUGAGGAGCUGAAACAUCUCGACAUCCUUCUAUCUGAACUUUACAAGAACCUGGACAGCGGCAGUCAAGACUGUCCUGACAUCAGUGCCAUUCAGACCAGAAUGAAGGUGCUGACCUACAGAAUGGACAUGUCCUACGGCCAGAUGGGCAGCCUCCUGCGCAGCGGCUCUAGACAGACGCUGUUCGCCAGCCAGCUGAUGCGUUAUGCAGAUCUUUACUCUUCUUCCUGCGUCAACCUGCUGCACUACCCCUUUAAUUACCUCUUCAUGGCUCCCCCAGUCCUGAUGCCGCAUGAAUCAGUGUAUCAACACUCGGCUGACUUUGUUUCAUCAAAGCUCACCGUCGCCAACACUUUUGCGAAGAUGAACAUAAACUAAGUGCUGAAGACAGCUGAUGGAGAUGCUUCAGAAGAAGAUCUACAGAGGAGUCUUCCACUGUGUUUAUAUGAGUCAUGGACACUGAUGAAGGUGACUGUUUGCAUCUGAGCUUGUAUAAAGGGUUUGAUGACGUGCCUCCUUUACAAAACCUAAUGUAUUGCUCCACCUAGUGGAUAUGAAGUGCUAUGCCAUGUAACGGGAUUCUUUUGGAUUCAAAGCAAAACUCAGGUUUACUGACA